UUUACGAUGCUCGCUCGGUCGUGCCCAGUUGAAAGCUAGGUUCCGGGUUUGGAGUCGUAAAGAAGACAAAACGAGGAAUCAAAUGCACCAAGACCAUUCAGACAUCAACACCGCUGCCGAAAACAGCCCCCAAACUCACGAAAAUCAAACUGGCCCCGAGUCAGAAAUUAUUUCCCACAACAAACUGCUUGAAGCGGGAACUUAUUUCGGUCACAAAAAGGACAAGUGAAACCCGAAAAUGAAGCCUUACAUUUCGGCUACCAAAAAGGGUAUGCACAUCAUUGACACCAAGAAAACUAAGAAAGCGCUUGAAUUUGCUUACACCUUAAUUGAAAGAUUAACUAGCAAAGGAGCGAGUUUUAUUUUCGUCGGAACGCGCAAACAAGCUCGCGAAACGAUCCGCAAUAACGCUCUCCGAACCAAUUCGCACUACGUAGCUGACCGCUGGUUAGGCGGAACGCUGACUAACGCUAAGACAAUUUUUUCGCGCGUUAAACACAUGGAAGAUUUGGAGCAAAAAGCGAGCAACGACUACGCGGGUUACACCAAAAAGGAGGGGCUUAAGUACGCUAAGGAGUUAGAAAAACUGAGACGUAACUUGGUCGGAAUUAGACGGAUGAAAAGCAGCCCUAACAUUAUGAUUGUAGCCGACCCGAUCCACGAUAAAAUUGCCGUUCGCGAGGCUCGUAAAUUGGGGGUGAAAGUGAUCGGAAUCGUUGACACUAACGCCGACCCGACGUUCGUGGAUGUGGCCAUUCCAGCUAACGAUGAUUCGAUCAAAUCCGUCACAUUGAUCAUCACAAUUUUGGCCGACGCGAUCGCUAAAGCUAAGGGCGGUCAACAGCUUUACGCCUACCAGGGCGACGACGCGGUAUCUUUACCCGAAGACCGGCGUGAACGUCUGGAAGAGCGCCAAGGUAGAGGACGCUUUGGUCAACAAAGACGCCGUAGUUCUAACUUAAGAAAUAAUCCUCGGCCUGGUUAUUCAAAACCGAAGGAAAAAACGGCCGCUACACCGAGCGAGACUACCGGUCAAACUGCCGAGCCGAAAACCGAGAAAGAGAGUGAUCAAGAUGGAACAAAUCGAGAAAAUUAA